UUUAAAUUUAUCUGAAGUAAUAUGUUUGCAUAUCGCUUUACUAAUUUUGCAGUUCACCCUCAAUUACUAUUACCGAGAGCAAUAUUUGCAACGCACACGCCAUUGUGUCCGACUUCAAAAACAAAGCCUCCUGCAGGCAAAGGCGCUGUUUGCCCAGGCUCAGGGGGCAAGGGCGGGGCGGCUGUAAGUGGCGGCAGUAAAGGUCCAGGCUUGAAACGCCAAGAAUUUUCUGCCAAGGUGAGGUUUGGCUUUAUACCCGAAGAAUGGUUUCUAUUCUUCCAUUCAAAGACAGGCGUUUCGGGCCCUUAUGUAUUCGGAAUCGUUGUAGCGAACUACUUAUUGAGCAAGGAAAUUUUUAUCAUGGAGCAUGAGUAUUACAGUGGACUAUCUUGGGUCCUAGUUUUAUAUCUCGUAGCCACCAAGAUGGGGCCAGGUAUUGGUGCCUCUUUAGACAAAGAUGUAGAUGCAAUAGUUGCCGAAUUCGAAAGUAGUAGAAAAGCUGAAACUGCUAGCUACGAGACAACCAUAAAAGAUGCCAAGGAUGCUCAGAUGAGAGCGGAAGGACAGAAAUUACUGAUGGAUGCUAAAAAGGAGAACGUGGCUAUGCAACUUGAAGCGGCGUAUCGGGAGCGGUUCAUGCUCGUAUACAAAACAGUUAGAGGUCGUAUGGACUACCACGUCAAACGAUAUCAAUCCGAGGCUCGAAUACAUCAAAAGUGGAUGAUUGGUUGGAUAUUAGAAAACGUGAUGAAAUCUAUAACCCCGGACUUCGAAAAGCAGGCACUAGAAAGUGCUAUUCGAGACUUAGCUGCAGCCGCCAGUCGUGCGAAGUAAUAUACAUAGAUGUUCUGGUUUAUGUAUUAUUUUUAUUUUCAACAACGAA